GCGUGUGUAGCGCUUGCCAUGACAAAUUAUCAUCUAAUAGCUGCUUCCGAAUGAAACCCUAUUCUCUGCUGCAGGCAUUAACACUGGCGUUCCGUCUGCGCUGUUUUUAUUUGUUUACCUACAGUAUUGUAUACAUCGCGCCCGAUAUUUAAUUGUUCUUCUUUUACAAUCUCGGUUACGCUACACUACUGUAUGCCAGCUUCACCAAGAGCGUCUGCGCUUUCUUAUCCCCUUUUCUAAUUAAUAAUUCAGGAGCAAACGAAAAUGUAGUCAGCUGCUCUCUGGUGGUGGUGACCAGUCGAAGUCUCACGAUUGCCAGUUGUGGACCUUUCGACUAAACUGAUACAAGAUGGCUUCCGAUAAUACACAACGCAGUUACUCCAUCAUUCCUUGCUUCAUCUUUGUAGAGUUGGUCAUCAUGGCUGGGACGGUGCUGCUGGCAUACUAUUUUGAAUGCACAGACACGUUUGGAAUCCACAUUCAAGGUUUCUUCUGUAAUGAUGCUGACCUGAUGAAGCCCUACCCCGGGGUGGAAGAGAGCAGCUUUAUCCCUCCUCUCAUUCUCUACUGCGUGGUGGCAGCCGCACCCACAGCUAUCAUUUUUGUUGGAGAGGUAUCCAUGUACAUCAUGAAGUCCACUAGAGAAGCUCUCAUUGCCCAGGAGAAAACUAUCGUGACGGGAGAAUGCUGUUAUCUAAACCCUCUCAUCCGAAGAAUCAUCAGGUUUAUAGGUGUCUUUGCCUUCGGCCUGUUUGCCACCGACAUCUUUGUCAAUGCCGGCCAGGUAGUGACGGGCAAUCUGGCACCGUACUUUCUGAGUGUCUGCAAGCCAAAUUAUACGGGGGUGGACUGUAACCUCAAUCACCAGUUCAUUACCAAUGGCAACAUCUGCACCGGGAACCAGAUGGUGGUGGAGAAAGCCAGGAGGUCAUUCCCAUCCAAAGAUGCAUCGCUUGGUGUCUACUCAGCUGUCUAUGUCACUAUGUACAUCACGAGCACCAUCAAGACGAAAAGCAGCCGUCUGGCAAAACCUGUGCUCUGUCUGGGGAUCCUGUGUGCUUCUUUCCUUACCGGCUUGAACAGGGUCUCGGAAUACCGCAACCACUGCUCAGAUGUUAUUGCUGGCUUCAUAUUAGGAAGCUCUGUAGCUCUGUUCUUGGGACUCUGCGUAGUGCACAAUUUCAAAGGAACCCACUCUACACCCACCAAACAGAAGCAGGAGGAUUACCGUGGACUUCCACUGAUGACGUUCCCACGUGUGGAAAGCCCUCUGGAGACACUCAGUGCACAGAACCAUUCGGCGUCCAUGACCGAGGUCACAUGACUAAGGGGGCAGCACCACGUCACUUUCGCAUCACCUCAACACUUCUAGGCACAAAAAGUUUUUUUGUACUGUGGCAUACUGUAAAAAAAUGAAAAAAGACAGUAUUAUGUUAUUACUAGUUAUACCUAGAAGCAGCUGUUUUGUACAUUUUGUAAAAGAGAGUGCUGUAGCUUUCCCUCAUGGUGUUAACACAGCUCAAUUCACAUCCAUAUGUAUGCCUUCUCUGUCAUGUUUUACAUCACAAAGUAAAUAUAUACAGUCUAUAUAUAUAUAUAUAAUGUAAUUGAAAUAUCAAUGUUGUUAUGUGGCAUUUGUACAAAAACUGAUUUUAUUUGGAUUUUUUUCUGUACACUUUUGAACAAAGAUCAUUUUGUAUUCCUUUUGUUUAAAUCUGUAUAAAGCAUUUGAUCAACUUUGCCUGCUGAUUUUCCAGGAAUGUUUUUGGUAUACCUAUUUUUUUUGUGUGUAAGGUUAAAAAACAUGUCAAAUUGUAACACAUCGUCGUAUCUGAUUCUUCGUGGGCAUCUUUGAAUGGACAUGUACUCGGCAUGAAAUACACAAAACUGUUGGAAUAGCCUGUUAUUCUCAACUUGUGUUUUUUUUCUUGUUUAAAGUCUGCGUUUCAGAAUUUGAAAUGCUAAAUAUAUUUUCUUGAGUAGUCUUGUCAAAUAAAUAGUCUCGUAGCUGAGUCCAGUCAUUUGAGUGGGUUUUGGGGAAAAGCACACAUAAGUAAAGUCCAGGGGUCUCAUUUAUAAAAUGCUGCGUAGAAACCAUCCUACAUUUGAUCUUCUGAUCAUUUAUCAAAAAUAUGUACGUGUGAUUCAUAGACCGAACUUACGCACAGAAAAUGCGCAUACCCCUUUCUUUCAGAUGUGAAAUUUAUAAAUCGCAAAUGAUCUUGAACUUGUGUGCAGCUGAGCAGUUUCAGACCUCCGCCAUUAAACGAUGCCUAUUUAAUGUCACAGACAUAUAAAAGAGCGCUUGUCAAUGUUUAAACCCAAUUUUGAGCAGCAAGAAUGGCUUAUAUUCCCAAAAACCUUCAGCAGUUGGACAAGCAAAAGUGCGUACGUCUGCUCAGACCAAAUAUGGACUUUGCUGUGGAUUUUUGCAUACUUACCCUUUACGAUCAAAUCUGUGCGUACGCACGCUUUAUAAAUGAGGCCCCAGGACAUUUUCUGUCCUUGGGGUUGCGAUUACAUGUCAUUUCUCUGGAAGCCCAUACUGUAUUCUCUACCCGUUGCCCUCUGCACAUUUAGUAGUGAUAGAGGAUUAUUUCUGCCUGCUGUGCUGUGGUGAGCGUGUUGUUUUCUAUUAUUGUGUUCCUGUAUUUUCCAGCAAAAAGAAAUUAAAUGUAGUGAACCUUG